AUGGUUCAGUGGAGCAGGACGCAGGAUUGUUUGAUUCGCUCGGUGGCUGCACGUUCACUCAUUGGAUGGUGGCCGUUACCGAUUGUAUGUAAUGGACUGAUGACCUGCUGGCUGGCUGGCGGAGACGCAGACAAAAUGGCUGCCGGUGACGUCACCGGAAGCGGCUCCGUUCUGAAUUCGGGACGGUCGAGCGAUCAUGGCGGAACAUCCGCCGAAGACGUUACAAUGAGUGCGCGGGCGGUUCAGAUAGGCUCUUGA